AUGGCGCCGCUGGGGGCUAAGACGCAGUCUGAGCUUGAGGCUUCCGCGCCGCCAGCGGUGGCGGUGGCAGAGGGCUUGCGCCUGCACCUCUCGAGCAGCAACAGCACCGGCUACAAGGGCGUCUACUUUCUGAGCGGCCGCUUCUAUGCUCAGCGACGGAGGCCAAGGGGGAAAAAGGCGUGGUUCCCCGCACGGAUCGCCGCAGUCAACGCAGACGGCACGUACGAUUUGGUCUACGAGGAUGGCGACGAGGAGGAGGGCGUCGCGGCCGAGCUCAUCCGGCCCGAGCAGGCGGCGCCGCCCGAGCAGGCGGCGCCGCCCGAGGCCGCGGAGCAGGCAGAGGGCAGGAGCCCAAAAGCGCGCAAACUGGCGCGGCCGGCCCGCACGACCUCCUCGGAGCGCACGUACUCCAUCUACCACAGCCCAGCGGGGCUGCGCUCCGCCUCGCUGGCUGACGCGUGGCGCAAGCACGACGCGGAGGCCGAGGCGGAGGCGCUGACGCUAAACUGGCUGGAUCGGCUGCCGCCCCGCCGGCUCAAGCCGCUCUGCGGGGCGAGAGGGCUGCCGACGUGCGGCAACUCGGAGGCGCUGGCGAGGCGGCUGCGCGAGAGCGGCGGUCUGAGCGUGUCGCAGCUCAAGGCGCUGUGCGAGGCGGAGGGCCUCGUCAAGCAGGGCACCAAGGCGGAGCUCGCCCGGCGUUUGCUCGACAAGCAGUCUGCGGGCGCGGCGGAGCCGGCGGCGGGCAAGACCGCGACGCGCGGCAAGGGCACAAAGCGGCCGGCAGAGGCAGAGGGGCUGCGGCUGCACCUCUCCAGUAGCAACAGAACCGGCUACAGAGGCGUGUGUGAGCAUCACUCUGGCCGCUUCGUGGCGCGGCACGUGGAGGCAGAGGGGCUGCGUUUGCACCUCUCGAGCAGCAACAGCACCGGCUACAUGGGCGUGUUCAAGGUGCGCUCUGGUCGCUUUUCGGCCGAGACCGGCGGUGGCGGCAGAUUCCUACGCGCGCAUCUGGGCACCUUCGACACGGCGGUGGCGGCGGCAGUCGCCUACGCGCGGGCGGUCGGGGAGGCUCCGGCGGUGGUGGCAGAUGCGGGAGGGGUGCGGUUGCACCUGUCUAGCCGCAAUCCCACCGGCUACCGCGGUGUGACCAAGGAUUGCGGCCGCUUCCGGGUUGAGAUCAAGUUGAAUGGGAGGCGGGUCCACUUGGGCACUUUCGACACGGCGGUCGAGGCGGCGGUGGCGUUCGCGCGGGCGGGCGGGGAGGGGCUGACGCCGGCCUCACGCGGCAAGGGCACCAAGCGCCCUCGCGAGCUCGGCUGCUUUUGCGACACCGACCGCCACCUGCCGACCAACAACCUGCCGUUUGAGGGCGUGUGGAUCAGCUGCGACGCGUGCGGCCGCUGGUGCCACGGCGAGUGCGCCGGUGUGGACAAGCAGCAGGCCGAGGAGGCGGAGGAGUACAUCUGCAUGCCCUGCGCUGCCGCCGACCAGAGCGCGGGCGCGUCCUCCGAUGGCGGCUCGCCGCUCAUCGUUGCUGCCGUCGUGAGCGACGGCGACGGCUCCGACGGCGACGACUCUGCAGACGGCGCAGAGUGGGUCGACGCGGAGGUGGUCGAGAUGGCGUUCGACGGGACGAACGCCGUGGAGGUGGAGGAGGAGGAGGGGCAGCCCGCCGCGUGGCUCCGCGCGACCGUGACGGCCGUGCUGGAGGACGGUUGGUUUCAGGCGCUGGUCCGCACGCCGUCCGACGAGGCCGGAUGGCACGACUGGUUCUCGUGGCGCGAGGAGGGCACCGACUGGCGGCGCGAGCAGCACCUUAGCGAGGCGAUCCGCGAGUCCAUGCCCGCGAUCCAUGCGCGCUUCGCCGCAAAGGAAGGCGGCGGCACCGCCCGCUCGGCUGAGGAGCUAAUGGGUCGCUUCGUCGCGGCCGCGCGCUGGCAACGCGCAGAGGCGGCCGCGCGCUGA